AUGCAAAUUUUUGUUAAAACCUUAACUGGGAAAACUAUUACAUUAGAAGUUGAACCUUCUGAUACAAUUGAAAAUGUAAAGGCAAAGAUACAAGACAAGGAAGGAAUACCUCCAGAUCAACAACGUUUAAUCUUUGCUGGAAAGCAACUUGAAGAUGGCAGGACUUUAUCGGACUACAAUAUUCAGAAGGAGUCUACUUUACAUUUAGUUUUGAGGUUACGUGGUGGUGUUAUUGAACCAUCCUUGGCAAAUUUAGCCCGUCAAUACAAUUGUGAGAAGAUGAUAUGCAGAAAAUGCUAUGCAAGGCUACCACUAAGAGCUACCAAUUGCCGUAAAAGGAAGUGCGGUAGAACAAAUCAAAUACGUAUGAAAAAGAAGCUUAAGUAA